AUGUAUCAAUAUUACACGACCACGCUGAUGUUCGCGGGCAAUGUUCGCGCGCAAGAUGAGCCGCAUUUUUGGGCUUGCCCGCAUUUACCGGCAGACGGCUUUGACGAGUAUAUUAAGACUCCCGACGGUGGGAUGCGUAUCCUCAAUUACCCACAACAAGAGGCCUCCGUGGACGACCAGAACGGAACGGGUGGGCAUACCGACUUUGAAUGCUUUAUUAUGAUCGUCAACCAGGAUGAUUGCGGAGGCUUGGAGGUUCUCAGCGAGAGCGGGUCCUGGAUCCGGGCGAAGCCGGUGCCUGGGUCGUUAGUGGUCAACAUUGCGGAUUGCUUCAUGCGGCAGACUAAUGACUUUUUCGUCUCGACCGUGCACCGUGUGGUCAACAAGAGCGGCCGAGAGCGGUACUCUGUUUCCCUUUCUCUACGACUUCGAUCAGACCAAGAAGCUUGA